AUGGGGAUCCACCUCAUCUCUGGCGCAAACUCGGCCCCCGCCGAGGACCGCACAGUCCUGGAUGUUGACGUCGAGGCGACUGCUACCAUCAACAUCGGCGUACCCCUCCUGUACGUCGGGGCAGAGGCCACCGUGGACGCGGAUGCCACUGUGAACGCAGAAUCUGAUGAACCGAAGCUCAAGAUCUUUAUCGAUCCCAUCGAUAAGAGUGUCCACGACUACCCCGAUCGUCCCCCACCUGAAGAUGAAGACUCCCCCGACAAGCGAAGCCUGUUCCCCAGAGCCUUGACGGCUGAUCAGAAGGAGGGCUUGCGUCUGCACACUGUGGCUCGGCAGAAGAAGAAUGUCAAGGCACUGGUCUGGGAUACCAAGCUUGAGGCUGCUGCCAAGGCUUGGGCUCAGAAGAUUGCCAAGAGUGGAAAGCUUGCGCACUCUGCUAGCAAGGACAGACCUAACCAGGGCGAGAAUCUGGCAUACGGAUGGUCGAGUGGAACAUACAAGAACCCCAUCACUGCUGGAACUCAGGGCUGGCUCGCUGAGGUAAAGAACUACAAGAACGAGGUUAUUCCCAAGGGCAAGUUUUCCGAGUACGGCCACUACACCCAGUGCGUGUGGAAGAACAGCGUCAAAAUCGGCAUCGCGACCGCCAGCGACGGCAAGGGCGGCUGGUACACUGUCGCCCGAUAUUCCCCACCAGGAAACAUUGUCGGCCAAAAGCCUUACUAG